AUGGAAAUCGUUCAAGAAAGCUUCCUUCUAGCUGGAUCCAUUCGGCCAGGACGAGCGAUGGCGCGCAACGCUUUGAAUAAACGCGCGAUAAUGGCUUUCAACUAUGCCGACGUGGACUCGAAAGGAUACUUGUGCAAACGAGAAUACGAGAUCGCGAUGACGGCUGUUUUUGGAUGCCGCCCGGAUGAGAUGGAAAUGGAACAAGUUUUCCGAUCUACCGAUAGAAUCUCGUAUGAAAAGUUCAAAUCGUGGGUAUACGAGAAAAGAAGUGCGGUAUGCAAAGUUAAUGCAGAAGUAUUAUUCGCUUUACUGGAUAGGGAUUAUAAAGGAUAUUUGGUAUUGGAUGAUUUUUACUCUGCAAGCAAGUUUGUCAAUUUGAAGAUACCAUUGGCAGUAUGGCAAAUGGUGUUUAAGGAGUUGGAUCGUUACAAAAGAGGAUAUAUCGAUUUUCAUGAAUUUUUACGUAUAUUAUCGACAACGUAA